AUUUUAUACAUAUACAUAUAAUAAACUUUCUCACUGAUUGAUAUGUGGCUAAACAAUGAAAUAAUUUAUGAUACAGGCAAUUGUUUUUUCUUUCAUUAAAUAAAAUUAAAAUUAUGGUAAUGUGAUACGUCUGUAAAAGUAUUAUGUGUUAAGUAAAACUUCCAAAUUUACAAGUGAAAAAAAUGGCAUUGAAAAAGGAGCGCGGAAAAAUCGGUGCGGGUGAAGGAGAGAAGAAAAUAGAGACAAAGGGUACCUUAUGUGUAACGCUCGCUCCUGGACCUAAAUAUAAGCUUAAAACACUUGUCGGUUACAAGAACCAUUGUAUCUCGAAAUAUCGAAAUCCAGCAUAUACAUUCGGCGGGCGGCGUCCUAUUUUUGAAGUGACAGAUAGUCCAGGACCGAAGUAUAUGAUUGAGAAACGCAAACUUAAAGGAUUCACCUUUGGACAUGCCUUAAAACAUCGCGAUAUCCUUCUCGGACCUGGUCCGAAGUACAAGUUGCCAGAUAUUCCUUGUGGUCCUUCUUUUUCAAUAAAAUGGAGAACCAAAUUAAGAAGAUCUGAUGCAACACCAGGACCUUACUAUGUUAAACAUAUUUCAGAUGCACCUGCGUUUACCAUGGGACGCAGAAUCAUAACGAAACCCGAAGUAAGUGCAGAUUUUUAUCCAUCGUACAAUUUGGAAGUGGUAAAACCCAGAGCUCCGAAAUACACUAUGGCUGGUGGGCGAAUAUUGCGAAUGAUUUCCAAAAGUCCAGGUCCAAUAUAUGCUAUUCGACCACCCAAACCGACUCCCGCUUUUUCAUUCGGUAUAAAACAUCACGAAUGUGCGCCACCCUAUAUAACUGAAUGUGACGAACAAUGUUAGCAAUGAAAGAAAACUUAUUUAUGUUAAACUAUUAUACUCAACAUCUGUCGAUUAAUUAUUAAAUGGUAAAAUUGAA